UCAGUCAGCUCAGAUAAUCCGUAAAUUCCCGUGAUCACGCUAACGAAACCAGAUAAUGUGAAUAGUUUUUGACAUGCCAUAAAAUAUGUAUGAGGUUUAUACAUUAUCAUGUAGAUCAUGUAAAUAUCUUGACACAAAACCAAAGAAAGAGGACAAUAACCAGCUGCAACGGUCUGAAAGAACUGGUCAAGUGAUCAUUCUGCUCUGAUCCGAACGGAGGUUUUCGGUAAAGAAUGGCUGUAGUUUAUCCGUGGUUUCAUUUUGUGCGAAGUUUUCGUACGUUCCUGUGCCUUCUCGGAAUCGUAUUGUCGAUAUACGCGCUCUAUGUUGAGGUCAAGAAAAUGCAGGAUAAGUCUUUCGUCGCCUUGUGUGAUAUUCACUCCAAGAUGAGCUGUUCUAAGGUUUUCUCUUCAAAGUAUGGUACAGGAUUUGGUCUGGUUGAACCAUUGCUUGGUAAAGACUCAAUAUUCAAUAUUCCAAACAGUAUUUAUGGAAUUGCUUUCUAUAUAUUUGUGUUAAGCCUUGGUUUCUUUGACGGUGUUACGGUCGCUUGGAUUGUAGUGAUAAAUUGCAUUCUGUCCUGUGUCGGUUGUGUGUACUUGGCUUACAUAUUGUAUUAUAUUCUGGAAGAUUUUUGUAUUGUUUGUGUGUCAACCUACGUUGUAAAUGCCUUGCUCCUGGUACUGAGUAUCUACCAUCUUGUUCAACUACCCUCCCCAGAUAAGCCACACAGAGAAUAAAGAAUUACAUAGUCUAGAAAAGCAAGCAUUGUACAUUCACACAGAGUGAAAAUAUAGCUAGGUUUAUCACUGUGAGAAAUACUUACACUGUCUAACUCUAAUAGAUUAGAAAACACAAUGUAUUGUGCUGGGUAUUAGGAGGUUGAAUAAAGGAAAACU